AUGGCGUGGAUCUGGAUGGUCCCGGCGGCCGGCGCCGUCCUCCUGUGGGCGGUUUCCCUCGGGCGGAUGCUGUCCUCCUCCGCGCCAUACAGCCUGCCUCCGAGCCCUCACUUCCCGCCCCCUCUCCGCGGCGACAGGAGGACCAGGAACGUGCUCCUGGUGCUCGCACACCCCGACGACGAGUCCAUGUUUUUCACCCCAACCAUACUUUUCCUCAAGUCAAAAGGUCACAACAUUCACAUUUUGUGCAUGUCCCUGGGUAACGCUGAUGGUCUUGGAAAUAUUCGUAAAAAAGAACUAUACAAAGCCUGUGCAGCUCUUAAGAUUCCAGCUGAGCAAGUUGAAGUCUUGGACCAUCAAAAGCUACAGGAUGGAUUUCAAGAAAAGUGGGAUCACAGACUAUUAGCAGAACUUACCAUGGAGCAGAUCCGUCUAUGGGAUAUUGACACAAUUGUGACCUUUGAUUCCUGUGGAGUAUCAGGUCAUCCGAAUCACUGCGACGUUCAUCAUGGUAUAAGCAAGCUUCUUCAUGAGAACCAGCAAAGAAACAUUGAAGCCUGGGAACUUGUAAGCCUGAACAUGUUCCGCAAGUACAGUGGUCCAGUUGACAUCUGGCUAUCUUCUUUGAUUUCUUCAAGCUCAAAACAACCAAUAUGUUGUUUAGUUAACUGCAGCCCAUCCCGAACCUUUGAGGCAAUGGCUGCACACAGAAGUCAGUGGGUUUGGUUCAGGCGAUUGUUCGUUAGGUUCUCAAGUUACACAUACAUGAACAUGCUCCGGAAAAUUUAGCAUUUGAUGGAUGCCAUGUCAAAUCAACAAGUGUCUCGGUAUCAAGAAGCUUCUUCAUAAGUAGUACAAGACAACUGUGUUGGCUUGCUUCUGCUGGAUUAGACGAAUCAAGGGUACACAUAUGUUUAUGGGCGUGCGAGAUACUGAAACUUUUGAUCCCCCUGCAGAGAUGGCAGCAAUGGCAGUCCCUCUUGCAAGAAACUCCAGUGUUAGCUAUUUGAAGAAACUUCAAUGCUAGUGCUGGUGGCAAUGGCGGACCGUGGGAUGGCUGUUAUUUUUACUGUUUAUUGCGGUGUAAAUUUGAGAUGGGUGCAAACUUAAAAUCAUUAAAGGCAUGUACAAUGCAAGAUGUUUAGGGCAGCCACACUGCAGGGCGCUUAACCCAGGCGCUUAAAUUGGCAAUUGUUGCAUGCAGCAAGCGCUGGCAGCCUUAUUUUGUACUGAAUCAGCAAGCUCUCUUUUUUUCCCCACGGGGAACUAGCAAAACGGCUGGGAUUCAAUCCCUAGCGUCCAUGUAUAAGCCACACUGUGGCUGCCC